AUGUGGCAACGGUGGAAACCCCAGAGGCCUCUGAAUAGUAAUCCACCGCAUAAGACGGAAGCCCUCCCAAACAGCUGGCCAUGGCAUGUAAGUCGCCGGCAGUAUGCUGCCUUGGGUGGCUAUCCCUAUUGUGGAGGAACCCUUAUUGCGCGCAAGUGGGUUUUGACAGCGGCUCACUGCAUUUAUAACGUCCUUCAAUGCCGACCUGUCACGUAUGGUCAACUCUUCGACAUUUAUGCUGUCACGGGAUAUGACAUGGCUGUUAGUGUGGCAGACCAUCAAUACACUACCGGUGACCGUCCAAGUUACAACAUUCGAGUGACAGGCGUCGUUAUUCAUCCCUAUUUUGGCCAAGGAAAUAACGGCUUUGAAAGGGCGCUACUGCAAUUGGGCCGUGAAGUGAAGCGAUCAUCGCGGACAGAAUAUGCGUUUCUUCCUGAACCGGGAUCCACUCUCACCGUUGGGCAGUUCUGCUACUUUGCCGGUUGGGGACUGCUCCCUAAUCCACCCAUUGUGCCGAUCGCAGAUCCUCCGGAAAAUCUGAUGGAGCUACAGAUGCCGAUUAUAUCGAAUUCUGAAUGCAAAAGAGCAUAUCCGUUUAUGAACGAAAUGCAGGACGUCUGCACGUAUGGCGCUAAUGGGAUGGCUUGUCACGGUGACAGCGGAGGGGGACUUCACUGUUUAAACGGAUCGAAAUGGUUUGUUUACGGCGUGAGUACUUACGGCGAAGAUCUUUGCUUUGGUGGCUUCAACGGAUUUGCUUUAACAGCACCCAAAGUCGAUUGGAUUAACAACCUCAUCUCUUCAUAUCCCUAA